AUGUCACUGCUGCUGCUGCUGCUGCCCCUGCUGUGGGCAGGGUCCCUGGCUCAGGAUGGGAGAUUCUGGCUACGAGUGCAGGAGUCUGUGACAGUGGAGGAGGGCCUCUGCAUCUCUGUGCCCUGCACCUUCUCCCAUCCCCGUGAUUACAAGACUGACUCUGCCUCAACUCAUGGCUCCUGGUUCCGAGAAGGGGACGAUAAAGACCAGGAUGCUCUUGUGGCCACACGCAACCCAGAUCGUGGAGUGCAGGAAGAGACGCAGGGACGAUUCCACCUCCUUGGGGAUCCUGGGACCUACGACUGCUCCCUGGACAUCAGAGACGCCAGGAUGAGGGACUCGGGGACAUACUUCUUUAGGGUGGAGAGAGGGUCUUAUGUGAGAUACAGUUACAAAGAUAACCUACUCUCUGUGCAUGUGACAGCUCUGACACAGACGCCUGACAUCUAUAUCCAGGAGACCCUGGAAUCUGGCCACACCAAGAACAUUACCUGUGCAGUGCCAUGGGCCUGUAAGAGGGGGACACCCCCAACCUUCUCCUGGUUCGGGGUCGCCCUCACCUCCUUAGGCCCCAAGACUCCCCACACCUCAGUGCUCACCCUCACCCCAGGCCCCCAGGACCAUGGCACCAACCUCACCUGUCUAGUGACCUUCCCCGGAGCUGGAGUGAGCACAGAGAGGACCAUCCAGCUCAAUGUGUUCCGGAAAGAAGGGCCCGUGGCAGAGGUGGUUCUGGUGACCAUUGGGGAAUUGGCUGUGAAGACCCUGCUCCUCCUCCUCUGCCUCAUCUUCCUCAUGUGA